CAACACAUGUGAAGUGUAACUGAAUGUGUCAAGGAAUGACAGAUUAAGCCACAAAACCCACCAGCUGCAGGAAGACCAUUGAGAAAAGGAGCUGUAUCUCAGAGUGACCUCAGCUCACCCACUCACCGCGUCCUCUCAAUCCUGGUUAUCAAAUCCGCUCAGUGUCAUCAUUGUCCACAAGGCGGAAAUAAAAAAAUGAAAAAAAAAGAAGAAGAUGGGGAUGAGGAGGUUAAGUGUCUGGUGAAGUAAAGAGAGAGCGAGAGGAAGACGCUCAGUGAGGAUGGCCGAGAGAAACAGAGCAAUGAUCAUAGUUUUUCUGCUCUGUGUCAAUGCAGCAGCAGAAAGCUACACUCUGGACGUGUGUGCCUCCUGCCACGCUAACGCCACAUGUGACGACAAGUCAGACGGCUCUGGCAAAGUUUGUAACUGCAAGUACGGGUUUGUAGGAAAUGGGAGAACCUUCUGUCAAGAUAAAGAUGAGUGUCAGAUAGGAGCCAAUAAAAUCUGUGGGCAACACACCACCUGCCACAACACAUAUGGUAGCUACUACUGUACCUGCCUGGCUGGCUACAGCCCUUCUAACAACAUGGCCAUCUUCAUCCCCAAUGAUGGAACCCACUGCCAGGAUAUUGAUGAGUGCAGGAUCACAGGCCUGUGCGGAGAGGGAGGUCAGUGCAGGAAUCUUGAGGGCAGUUUUGACUGCAGCUGCCAGCUGGGAUAUCAAGUCCACAACGGAGCGGAGCCCUUCCAUCCUCACAGAGACAAAGCUUCCUGCAAAGUGGUUGACUGUGGCCCGCCUGCCUCAGUGGAGGACACAGUGCUGCUGUCAGUCACAGGGACCACAUACAGCAGUGUGGCCAUGUUUGUCUGUGAUGAAGGCUUUGUGUGGAGGAGGGGAGACAACCGCUCUGUGUGUGGAGCUGACGGACUGUGGAGAGGACCCACCAUGGUCUGUGAAGAGGUUGACUGUGGCUCUCCCCCUGCCCUCCCUCACUCUCACAUGCUGUGGAAUAAGAGGUCAAGCAUGGGCACUGUGGUGCUUUAUCAGUGUAACUCUGGAUAUCAUAAUGUUGGAAAGGGCAAUGUAUCCAUCUGUACCGCUGCUGGACAGUGGGAGAGGCCGUCCGUUCUCUGUCAAGAGACCCUGUGUGGAAAUCCCCCUGUAAUUGAAUCCACUGAGCAGGUGUGGGACAGUAAUUCAACUCCUGGCAGCACUGUGCUCUAUGUUUGUAAAGAAGGCUUUUAUAACCAAGGAGGAGAUAAUGUAUCGAUCUGUAAUGAAAACGCUCAGUGGACCCCCCCAACUCUGUCGUGCCAAGAGAUAUUAUGUGGGGAUCCUCCUCUACUGCCCCAUACUGGGCAAGUGUGGAACGGCAGCUCCACCCCUGGAAGCACAGUGACCUACUACUGUGAAAUAGGAUUUUAUCACAAUGAAGGAAAUAACAUAUCAUUGUGCACAGUUAAUGGCUACUGGACAAAACCAAACAUCUCAUGCAAAGGUAACAACCUGCUCCAAAUGACGUUAAUGCCGUGGUUGGCAUUAUUUUCCAUUUCUGGUGUCCAGAGUCAAAUAAUCACUGAUUUUACUCAAUUAAAUAUUGCAAUUUCCAUCCUUUUAGAGGUUCACUGUGGUGUGCCCCAACCCAUCCCACAUUCAAUCAUGCUGUGGGAUAAAAUCUCCACUGUGGGCUCUCAGGUUGUUUAUCAGUGUAACUCUGGAUAUCGCAAUGUUGGAGAGGGAAAUGUAUCAGUUUGUACUUCCAGUGGAGAAUGGGAUGAAGCCUCUCUGCUCUGUCAAGAAAUCAAUUGUCAAGAGCCUGUUUUUAAACCUCAUGCUAAAAUGCUUUGGGACGGCACAUCACACAUUGGCAGUGUGGUGUAUUACCAAUGUGAGGAAGGAUAUAACACCAGGAGCCUGAGAAACUACUCAGUAUGUGGAGAGAAUGGACUGUGGGAGGAUAUUGAUCUAUGGUGUGAAGAAAUAAGCUGUGGCCCCCCACUAACCCUCCCCGAUACUAACCUCCUGUGGGAUCGCACCAGUAGACCGGGCAGUGUGGUGCUGUAUGAGUGCAUGGAUGGAUUUUACCAGGAGAGUGGAAAUAAUAUUUCAACAUGUUUACUAUCAGGACAGUGGGGGGAAGUAUCUGUAAAGUGCAAAGCCAAAUGUGGUCCUGUUCCCUUCCUUGCCAAAUCCGAGGUGGUGUGGCAUAACAGGAGUGUUGUGAUCCACCGCUGUGUGGAUGGAUAUCACAGCUGGAGAGGCAGCAACGUCUCUGUGUGCAGCAGCUUUGGGGUGUGGCAGAGAGCUACACUGAGAUGCAUAGAAAUAAGCUGUGGCCCCCCAUCAACCCUCCCCAAUACUAACCUCCUGUGGGAUCGCACCAGUAGACCGGGCAGUGUGGUGCUGUAUGAGUGCAUGGAUGGAUUUUACCAGGAGAGUGGAAAUAAUAUUUCAACAUGUUUACUAUCAGGACAGUGGGGGGAAGUAUCUGUAAAGUGCAAAGCCAAAUGUGGUCCUGUUCCCUUCCUUGCCAAAUCCGAGGUGGUGUGGCAUAACAGGAGUGUUGUGAUCCACCGCUGUGUGGAUGGAUAUCACAGCUGGAGAGGCAGCAACGUCUCUGUGUGCAGCAGCUCUGGGGUGUGGCAGAGAGCUACACUGAGAUGUAUAGAAAUAAGCUGUGGCCCCCCACUAACCCUCCCCGAUACUAACCUCCUGUGGGAUCACACCAGUAGACUGGGCAGUGUGGUGCUGUAUGAGUGCAUGGAUGGAUUUUACCAGGAGAGUGGAAAUAAUAUUUCAACAUGUUUACUAUCAGGACAGUGGGGGGAAGUAUCUGUAAAGUGCAAAGCCAAAUGUGGUCCUGUUCCCUUCCUUGCCAAAUCCGAGGUGGUGUGGCAUAACAGGAGUGUUGUGAUCCACCGCUGUGUGGAUGGAUAUCACAGCUGGAGAGGCAGCAACGUCUCUGUGUGCAGCAGCUCUGGGGUGUGGCAGAGAGCUACACUGAGAUGCAUAGAAAUCAAGCCAGCUGUCAAUCACUUAUUUGUCCUCAAUGAAAAAUGUCUGCACUGGAGAGCAGAGAAGUAUGAGGAGGAUACAGAAGUAUACAAGGUGACAUACAUAGGAUCCAGAGACUACCAGAGGUCCUUUCAUGACAGAAGGAAGCAGUUUCUGAGCUCUAAGGCUGACCAGCUGGAACUCUGUCUGAACCUGCUUCCAGUCACAAACUACAGCAUCUCCAUCACUGCGGUGUCUUCCAGAUUCACAGCCACCAUCACCACAAACACCAGUUUACCAGUGCCUCCAGCACCAGUUGUCGACUACAGAGAAUUUGAGACUCCUAUACCAACUCUGAGGCUACGCAGAUCACCCAACACACUGGACCCAAUAAGUUUGUACCAGGUGUUUGUGCUUCCUGUAGAGGGGAUUAUGAUGUUUGACUGUUCCUCUCCUGCGAGCUCAGACCCCUCAGGCAAAAUACAGUCCUUCACAGAGUACAUCACUGCUCAGAUAGAUGUCACACAUGUCGGCACAGAGAUGAACUUUACUGUGGGGGAUGGACUCUACUAUGGAGGCUUCUUUAAUGCACCACUGGAGAAUGGCAGGAACUAUUACAUCACCUUACGAGCCGUCAGUCAGUGGAAAUCGGCUUUAAAAAGUUCCUGUGUCCUGUGGGCUAAAGUAAGAGGUACAUCCUAUGUUCUGAGGGUUUCAUCUCUGUCUGCUGCUGCAACAAUAGGACUGGUUGCCUUCAUCAUUUUGGUUGGAUACAGUUUCACCUGGUAUAGAAGAUGGUACAAUUCAGCAUAUUACCCACCCUGUUAAUAUCAUUUUACACAUAAAACAACGCUAUAUUAAUUAGUGUCUAAAGUGAUUCUAGUGUUUCUGGAAUUUUCAAAGAUGAAAUACAUACAUUUCAGUGGAUAAUUCAGUUUUUAUAGUAUUGUUACGUUUUAUUGAACCAUUAACAUAAUAGUUAUUAAUUGUAACCACAACUUGCAAAUUAAAUAUUCCUUUUAGUUAUGUUACUGGUGACAAAAUCAAGUGAUCCUGCAUAGGGGUGCACCGAUCCGAUAUUAAGAUCCGAUAUCGGUCCCGAUAUUGACAAAAUAG